GAAAAAGAACAGGACAUUUCUCCCACACCUACGGGUAGUCUGAAGGACUUGCCAACCUUGCACAUCUUCACGAAGUAGUCGUCGUCUACGACAAUGGCAGACCCAAUGCCUUCUUCUUCGCAGGAACGUCUCGACACAGAAGUCGACCUCCUUCAGGCGAUGUACCCCGACACCAUGACCUUCAACAUCCACACUCGCGAACUCCACUACAAGUCCACAUCCGCAUCCCCAGCGUCAUCUACAUCUGGGUGCAGCAGCGCAGCAACACUCGUCCUGCGCAUCCCUAGCCAUUAUCCGAACACAGGUUUUCCCGAACUAAUAUCCGCCAGCGAUGGCAGCAAGAACGACGUUCGCGACAAGACGCGUCGAGCCCUUACUAGUAGUGCCCUGGCUCUUGAGGAGGGUGUCGAAGUGCUCGACCAGAUCAUCACUGUUUUCGAGGAUGUCGUUGCCUCUUCCUCUUCUUCUUUAUCUUCUAACCAGGCCAGCGCCAGCGGCAGUGCCACAUCAACCAGCGCCAACACCGCCAACAACAACCACGAUGGAGGUGACUUGCUGGGGAGACGACAAGCGGCAACGAAAACAGUGAUAAUAUGGCUACACCACCUCCUCGCCACCUCGAAGCGAAAGCUCGCCGUCACGCCGACAACAACUAUGCAUGCACCCGGCCACGGAACGCCCGCGGCCUCAGUCUCCAUCUCCAUUUCCAUCUCCGGCCUCACGAAACCCGGCUACCCCGGUAUCAUGCUCUUCUCUGGACCGCGAGAACUGGUCGACGCGCACGUCCAGGAACUCAAAGCACUGAAUUGGCAGGCUUUCCAGGUCCGAUACGACUCUGACGAAGAACAGAAACACACUGCCUCUUCUUCUUCUUCUUCUUCUUCUUCUUCUUCUUCUUCUUCUUCCUCCACGGAAUGGACCUUCACCCACGAAAACGGCAAGAUCAUCGAGGUCGAAAGCAUGGCUGACCUAGUCAGGGCAAUCGGGCGUGAGCAAGAUAAAGAGACGUUCUUGAGGGCCGUGGGCGUGAAAUGAAAUGAGACUCUCGACCACCACCCACUUCGUACCGAUGCCCAGUGGAUGAGAUGAACACUUCAAGACGUUCUGGCGAGGAGAAAUUAUGGCAACGUACCACGGACGCACCGCGGACGCAGCGAGG